GCCGCCGCCACCGCCGCCACCAUGGACAUCGGCAUGAGCACCACAGCCCCGCCUGGGACCCCCGCGCCAAUCCUUCCAUCGGACCGCAUCAAGAAUGCUGCGGACAUCUCAGUCAUUGUCAUCUACUUCGUGGUGGUUAUGGCCGUGGGGCUGUGGGCCAUGUUUUCGACUAAUCGUGGGACAGUUGGAGGCUUCUUCCUGGCAGGUCGGAGUAUGGUGUGGUGGCCGGUUGGUGCCUCUCUCUUUGCCAGUAACAUCGGCAGCGGUCACUUCGUGGGACUGGCUGGAACUGCGGCAGCAUCAGGCAUUGCCAUAGGAGGCUUUGAAUGGAAUGCCCUGGUACUUGUGGUUGUCCUGGGAUGGGUGUUUGUUCCAAUCUACAUCAAGGCUGGGGUGGUGACAAUGCCAGAAUACAUGAGGAAGCGAUUUGGUGGGAAGAGGAUAGAAAUCUAUCUCUCUGUCUUAUCUUUGUUCCUUUACAUUUUUACCAAGAUCUCGGCUGAUAUCUUCUCAGGAGCAAUAUUUAUUAAGUUGGCUUUGGGGCUUGACUUGUACUUGGCUAUCUUUCUCCUCAUGAUCAUCACUGGUCUUUAUACGAUCACAGGGGGCCUGGCAGCUGUGAUCUACACAGAUACCUUCCAAGCUGCAAUCAUGCUUGUGGGAUCCUUCAUCCUGUCAGCUACUGCUCUUAAUAAAGUUGGGGGCUAUGAAGGUAUCAGUAUGAAGUACUUGAAAGCCAUUCCAAGCAAAGUCUCAGAUGGGAACAUCACUAUCAAGCCUGAGUGCUACACCCCAAGGGCAGAUUCAUUUCAUCUGUUCCGUGAUCCCAUCACUGGAGACAUCCCCUGGCCAGGCCUUAUCUUUGGCCUGCCCAUCCUUGCCCUGUGGUACUGGUGCACUGAUCAGGUCAUCGUGCAGAGGUGUCUCUCUGCCAAGAACAUGUCCCAUGUGAAGGCCGGUUGCAUAAUGUGUGGUUAUCUGAAGCUUCUGCCCAUGUUUCUUAUGGUGAUGCCUGGCAUGGUCAGUCGAAUACUCUACACAGAUAAGGUAGCCUGUGCCCUUCCUUCAGAGUGUGAAGCCCAAUGUGGGACCAAAGUAGGCUGUACCAACAUUGCCUAUCCAACACUGGUGGUGGAACUCAUGCCGAAUGGUCUUCGUGGUCUACUCCUUUCUGUCAUGUUGGCCUCCCUUACGAGUUCCCUUACCUCCAUCUUCAACAGUGCUAGCACUCUGUUCACCAUGAACAUCUACACCAAAUUCCGGAAGAAGGUAUCUCAGAGGGAGUUAAUGAUAGUAGGAAGAGUGUUCAUCCUGGUACUAAUUGGCAUCAGCAUCGCUUGGGUCCCUGUUGUGCAAUCGGCUCAGAGUGGGCAUCUCUUUGAUUACAUCCAGUCUAUCACCAGUUACCUGGGGCCACCCAUUGCUGCUGUUUUCCUGCUUGCUAUUUUCUGCAAGAGAGUCAAUGAACCGGGUGCCUUUUGGGGGCUGAUUUUUGGACUCUUUAUUGGACUGUCUCGCAUGAUCAUUGAGUUUGCCUAUGGACCAGGCAGCUGCAUGGAGCCCAGCAACUGCCCCAAGAUAAUUUGUGGUGUUCAUUACCUUUAUUUUGCCAUUAUCCUGUUUGUAGCCACUGUCAUCACCAUUGUAAUGAUCUCCUUCUUGACCAAGCCCAUCCCAGAUGUUCAUCUUUACCGCCUGUGUUGGAGUUUGAGGAACAGGAGGGAAGAGCGAAUUGAUUUGGAUGAAUAUGAAGAGAAUGAAUACGAAUAUGAUUCUGAAGAAAAUUUGGAAAUAGAGGGAGGAAGUUGCUACUCUACAGUGGAAGCUGCUUCUACAGUUGGAGCUGCUACUCUACACAUGUUGCUACUACUCUACAUUGGAGCUGGUACUUCAUACUUGGAGCUACUAUUCCACACCUGGAGGGCUGCUAUUUCACCAUCUUCAGAGAAGCUACUCUACUAG